UACAUAAUCUGUUAGCCGUACUAAACAAAGCACCACACUGUUUAAAACGUCAAAAGUCAAAAGAAAAGCAAAAUACAAAAUUUAAUUCAGUGCUUACAUGCAAUUACACCUAAAAUAGUUAGAUUUUAAAUCAGGUACAAUGGGUUUAAGUGAGUGCGGUAUACCCGAAGACAAGCUUCCACCAUGCUGGUCGGAUGAUGUGCGAAUGAACGCGUUAUUCGCACCGUUCAGGCUGAAAGUCGCGAAUCCUGAAUCCUGGGAUAUGAAGAUGAAAUUCUGGUCAGACAUGGUGCGGCAGUGGUGUAGGUGUAAAACGGACCCGAUCGUGUCUGCUGCAGAUGUCAGAAGCGUGUUCCAAAGGAGGGGAAGGACCGCUGCAUGUUUGGACAUAGUCAUAGAAGAGAUGUAUCAUAAUGGUGACCUGUCUCCCAUAUCAAAGUAUCAGCAGAUACUCCACAACGGACCUGAGAGCUGGGUCCGUUGGGGAGCCCGGCUUGCCUUCAAACCGGCUGCCAUAGCCAUCACUGCUGUCACAUCACUGCUACCAGCAAGGCAAGCCACGGAUAACAACGGUCUGCCAAAAGCGAGUAUAGACUCCACACAGAGAUUUGUUUUGGAGAGUGCCGUCAAGGAGCAAGCUAAUGAGCUGUUGAACAACUUCCCGGCUGGUUCGGAGAGAAUUGGCACCAUCGACGAGCUAAUGAGAUCCAGCGGUCACACUAAUAGAGAGGUCUAUGAAGUUCUCCUGGGUUAUUUGGUGUCCCAGGGUAUGGCCGUCAAGAGUGGGGAUGUCGUGAAAAUAGCGGAACCAAACAAAAAAGUCCAGCCGGUUACGGAAAUGGACACGGCGAUGGUGAAACUCAUGUCCGCGGAGUCGCGGCUGUCCGACGACGUCGCGCGACUGUCGCGCGAUGUGUCCGUCGCAGAGUCUGAAGCGAGGGCCGCCAUGAAGCUUGGCAACAAGAUCGCUGCUAAGAACCACCUCAGGAGGAAGAUGAGGACCCAGCAGAAGCUGCAGCAGUGUGAGGCAGCGCUUGAGAACAUCAAGGAGCUCAUGUUGCAGGCUAGGAACAGUGACGUCACAUCCGCCGUCGUAGAUACAUACAGGAACAGCGCCAAAGCUAUGAAGCAAACAAUGAGAGACGGCGGCCUGGACGAGGACUCUGUUUACCAUACGAUGGAUGACUUGAAAGAUGUCAUGGACAGUUACAACGAAGUAGAGAAAGCUCUCGGCGGUGUCGUGGAGGACGUGGACGUGGACGACCUGGAACACGAGCUGAAGGAACUGCUGGAGGGCGGGGACGGCGGCGGGGGGGACGGAGUGUGUCUGCCGUCACCGCCACGUCAGCAGCCGGAGAGGGAGAACUCGUUCGUGUUUGACGGGGAGGAGAGGAUGCUGGCCGACCUGAGGGACCUCGGGGAGGAGAAGGGGAGAGAGAAGGAAAAGGAAAAGGAGCAGGUCUUAGUGGCGGAGGGAGUGGCCGAUAGUGAGAAAUCCCCUAAAGCCAAGGUGAGGGCCAGCCAACCGUGGUAUCCGCCCAGCGACUGGUCCAACAUGAACACCAACAUCGACAACAUGGCCAAGGACUACGCCGAACUGAGAUUGGACAACAGACUGCAUCCGGGUCAGCCCCUGGACGUGGACUUCACGACUCCUCCGCAGUACACCGGGGACUACCACGUGCGUGACCACCGAGCCGGCGCCAGAGUGUGGCUCUAUAACAGCAGAGAUGAACUGGCUCCGAGCACGGAGUACUGCAGUUCGGAGAGUCCCGGCAAAGAAACUGAUUCAAAGUCCUUCCAAAUGGCACCGGGAGGUGAGAGGAAGAAGUCCGAGGCCUGGCCCAAGGACGAUGUCCAGGACUUGGAGAGGAGGCUGAAGAACUUGAGGGGUUUGAACUUGUAGAUUGGAUACUGGAUAGGGAUGCCACGUGAGUGAAUUGUAGGGUAACCAUAUCUAAAUGUAGGGCUGUCACUUGUAAGUUAUUUUUUAGUGUUGCAAAUAACAAAACUUAGGGCUGUCACUUGUAAGUUAAUUAUGUUAAGGGUUGUAAAUAGAGAAAUAUAGGGCUGUCACUUGUAAGUUAGGUAUAGGGUAACAAAUAGCUAAAGAUAGGGCUGUCACUUUUAAGUUUCUUAUAGGGUUGCCAAGUAGACCUAAUUAUUAGGUAAUUAAAUUUUAAGUGUAGUAAGCAAUUUUGUAAUGAGGGUUGUUUAUUGUGAAAUUCUUACUCUGUACAUUUUCAGUAAUAUCUUAAAAUUUAAAUUAGGGUUGUCAGUUUACAAAAUGAUAUUAAUAGGGUUAUCGAUCGAGGAAUUAAAUGUAUAGGUUAAAAUUGUACUGUAUGUUUGUCUGUAUGUUUACGAGCUAAAAACUUUGUAAAGCGUUUGUUUUUUGCGUUACCAUAACAUUUAUCAGUAUCGAUAUAAGUCGUAAUAGGAUCGAUAAAUACUAUAGUAUUUUUAUUGUAAAUAAAUUUAUGAGAUUAAGUUUAAAAAAAAAAAGGUAUUUACGUGAAAAUAUAAAAAAAAAAAAUGUCUAUCAACAAAUGUAUGUGUAUAAACCAGCUACCUAACUUGUAUUUGUGUGUGUUUGUAAUAAACGAGGAAAUCUACAAAAAAAAGUAUAUAUAUAUAUAUAUAUGGCUUUAAUCAAUAAUAAUGUAAAUAGUAUUUCAGCGGCGAGUCCUAUUAAUUUUAAGUGUACGUCCGUGCGUGUGUUACGUUAUAACAUACAAACAUGGAUUUAAACAUCGCCCGCGUACGUUAGAUAGACAAAUUAAAUACGAAGUUACUGAAGAAUUAAUCAUAAUUUAUAUAUAAAAGUAAUAUUUUCCUAUAGCUCCGGUCUAAAGAUUUUUUGUCAUAUAAAUUAUUUAUCUAUAUAUAUAUAUAUAUAUAAUGAUGAAGACAAUGCGAUUAAGUUGCGUUAUAAUAAAGUUUUGAUUAUAAUUUUAACUUGAAAUUACUAAACGUGUCGGUUUAAGUCAGAUUGUAAGUUAUAUAUAUAUAAUGUUUUUGUAACUACGAUAGUUUUUGAUACUCUCAUAUAUAUUAUUGUUAGAUUAGCUUGUAUUUUUAUGUGAAUUUCUUUUAAUAUUAUUAUUAUUAGUUAUUUUUUUAUACACAUGUUUUGAUUUGAUUUAAUAUUUCCUUAGUUAUACUUAUAUCUGAUACGCGAGCGGAGUCAGGUUAAAAAUUGUGUUAAAUUUUUAAGUGAUUAAUUUUUUUUGAACCUCAGCCGCGACUGUGUGGUGGUAAGUGUUCAGCGUAACAUGGUAACUUGACCGACAGUAAAAAGGUGGUAAAUGUUGAUUUAAAUGCGGAGAUGUAAUUUUUGAUAGUGAUGUAAUUAUUUUUUUUUAUAUGGGUUAUGUUUCUGUAUCAUCUAAGUCAUUAGUUCUAACGCUAUGUGAGUUUUAUAUGUAUAGAUUUUUUUACGUGCCAAUUUAUUGAAAUGAACAAAAAAAAAUAUAAAAAAAAAUGGCCGCACUUACGAUAUUUUAAAUACAAAAGACGUGCUCGUAUUUAUAUUUUGCUGCUGUCAAUGUGAAUGUGCGAGGAGAAGGAAUAGAGAUAUUUUUGUUUGAAAACACAUACAUUAAGAGUGAGUGCGGCUUAAAAAAAAAUAUUAUCGAAACCCCAUGAAUCGUCAGUGCCUUGAGUUAACGCGCAAAUACGCUUUUUGUAUGUAUGUGUCCGUCUCCCUGGACUCGAGGGUAGGCUGAUAUUUUGUAACAAUAUUUCGUUAUCCAACCCGUGUCCCAUAUAUAUUUGUAUGUAUAUAUUUUUUGUUAUUAAAAACGGGCGAACCAACAGCA